CAACAGAUUACAUGUCUAUUGGAUGAAGCAACCAGCGCACCUCCCUGGUAUCCAGGGCAGCUCCAUCAAGAUCCCCUUCUCCUUCUCCUUCCCCUGGGAGUUGACAGAUGAACCACAGAUGAGGAUUCUCUGGAGAUGGAAGCACUUCCAUGGGGAAUUUAUCUACAACUCCUCCUCGGGUUUCAUACAUGAGCAUUUCAAAGACCGGUUCAUCCUGAACUGGACACAGCCUCAGACAUCCGGAGUCCUCAGAAUCCUGGACUUGAAGGAGAAGGACCAGACAGUGUACUUCUGCCGAAUUUAUCUGAACACAACAGAAGGCAUGAAGAUCUGGCAGUCGAUUGGCGGGACUCACCUUACCAUCACCCAUGUUGUCAGAACCACCAUACAAACUCCCUCCAUCAUCACCUCUGCUGGCCUGGAGGACACAGAGAGCCAGAGAAAUCCUUCACUUGUGAACCUGGGAGCCAUGGUCAGGGUGGUGGUUACCACAGUUGCACUUAUAACCUCUGCCUAUGCAUUGAUGAUCUUCCUGUGCUGGGAGCAAAGGCCAGCACCCUAAAGCCAAAGCCCAGCCAGGUGGGCGCCCGUCAUCCCAGCGAGCAGGUACAAGAAGAGAAGCCACACUUUGGACAUGUGGACUCUGAUAUCCUCUCCUCAGAACCAAGG